GGUUUUAUUCGGGCGUGUCACUGCGACAGUUUACCAAAUGUAUAAAAGCCCAUCUGACCACAGGCCUGGGUAGUUUGUCCUGGGCUUCUUUCGGCCCAAUCUCUCUCCCGUCGAGCCGGCCGCCUCCGCCGCUGGGGCGUUCCACUUCCCGACGGGCGCAGGCGGCCGGCGUCGACUCUCUCCUGUCCAACACCAUAGUUGUGGCGGCCGAUGCUAUCGUUAAGGAUCGCGGCCGCCUCGCGCCUGCGAGGGCUGCUGGGCGGCGGCGCAGCGACCGGGGCGCGCACACGCGCCUUCUCCUAUGGGAGGGUGGUGGAUGCCGCUGCCCGGGACGGCGAGCUCCGAGUUUUCGUGGUCGCCGGUGAGGUCUCAGGCGACUCGCUCGCCUCGCGCCUCAUGGCGUCUCUCAGGGCGCUCUCACCGGUCCCCGUCCGUUUUGCUGGUGUUGGCGGGGAAUUAAUGCGCAAUAAAGGCUUGCAGUCACUUUUUCCCAUGGAGGAAAUUUCCAUAAUGGGAUUGUGGGAACUGCUGCCACACAUAUAUAAUAUCAAGAGGAAGAUUGAGGAUACUGCAGAUGCUGCUGUAUUGUUUCAGCCUCAUGCUGUAGUUACUGUUGAUUCAAAGGGGUUCUCUUUUCGCCUCCUGAAGCAAUUGAAAUGUAGAUACAAUCAAGUUGCCCGUCCUCUACAUGUCCACUAUGUUGCACCAUCAUUCUGGGCCUGGAAAGAUGGUGAAAGAAGGCUUGCAAAGUUGCAUAAUUUUGUGGACCAUUUGUUGUGUAUCCUUCCAUUUGAGGAAGAAAUUUGCAGAUUAAAUGGGUUGCCUGCUACAUAUGUGGGCCAUCCAUUAUUGGAUGAUGCUAUUGGCUUGAAUAUGGAGAAGGAACUAUCUUCUGUCAAUUCCAUGCAUCAACGAAGUGGUGAAGAUUUUCGACAGGAGCAUGAAAUUUCCCCAGAUUCCACAAUCAUAACCAUACUGCCUGGAAGCAGGAUGCAGGAGGUAGCCCGUAUGCUUCCCAUCUUCUUGCAAACUGUGCAACACCUAAGUCAUACAUUUAAUGAACUGUCACUGGUCAUCCCAGUUGCUCCUCAUCGGGAUGUGAGGGUAUAUGUUGAUAAUGUUGUUCGAUCAGGGCCAUUUCCAGUGGUACUGAUAACUGGGGAAACACUAAAAGAAAGAUAUGAUGCAUUCAAUGCUAGUAGAGCAGCAUUAUGCACUUCAGGAACAGCUGUCAUGGAGCUGAUGUUAGCAAAGCUACCCUGCGUGGUAGCUUACCGGGCUCAUUUCAUCACGGAAUGUUUGAUUCAUCUGAGGAAAAAGAUAGACUUUAUUUCUCUACCCAACAUUCUUUUAAACUCUCCAAUUGUCCCUGAGAUCCUUUUUGGGGCUUGCACAGCGGAAAAUCUAGCUGCAAAACUAAGUGAGGUCAUUUGUAAUGAUGAAGCCCGUCAGCUCCAAGUUGAAUCAGCUGAACAGUUACUGGAGAUGCUUUAUGAACCUAUCAAGCAACGAGGUGGCCUAUUUCAAGAGGAGCUGCACAACUCGAGCCUGCCGUCAAAUAUCUACUCCCCAAGCACGAUUGCAGCAUUGACAGUGCUUUAUACAGAUAACCAUCAACAAGCGGUGCACCAGAAUUGAGUGGAUGUCCUCAGUAGCAGACAAAUAUUUUUAUCAGCCGUGAUGGUCGCUAUUGCGUGCAAUCUCAUCUUCUCCGUCUGCUGUUCGUGAUGAAGAGUGUACUUUCUGCAGAUCCUAUUGGCUGCCCUAGGCCCACAAUUGGAGAGGCAAAACGAGUUUUUAGGUAAAAAAGGCUUUUCAGUUCUUGGUUUCUGAUUCUGAAGUGCCGCAUGAAGUCAGGUCAGCAUCGUAUUAUCAUUAUGGAGGAUGGGAACGCAUGUGUUCUGGUGGGUUUAGUGCGGGUCCUGGUCAUCAUUCUGCGAUGAUGCGUUUGGCGCAAGAUUCUUCCAUGGUUAGAAUUUCCUGGAGUGAACAGUUGGCAGUUGAUAUGUGAGAACAAUUACAAGAGAUUUUUCGGAUGGUUUUGAUACUUUCAUGGUCAUCGAAAUUACGAGAUGAAGUAUGAACGGAUGCACAGUAACGUCAUCAGGUCUGGGCUUGCUUGAUGGCUGCUCUAGCCAUAGAGGAUCCUCGGUCAGUGAGAAAGCAUAGAUUCCCACGUAGCCGGCGAUCACGUCACGGCUGAGCUCAUCUAGGUGGUGGCCCAUGCACGAGACGGCGAAUCUUCCAUGGAAAAUAUUUCGAAAAUUGUUGCUUCGGUUUUAAUUACAAGUUGCCGGCAUUGCCAGUGUUCCACUUGGGAAUAUCUAACGCUUUUCUUAUAACGAUUUUACCUGCCAACUGCAGCAUGGCAUGGGGAAAAGUCUUGAGCCAUCGUGUACUUAAAUUGUGUAAUCAUCUGGUGCCACUAGCUAUCCGUGAACUUCAGGAGUAAGUUGAUCUAGAAUGGUGACUGGUCAAUGGAGGCCUUGUAAUUGUAAUUUGUAAAACAAUCUAAUGAUGUAACAUCUCAAGGCAUUGCCAGUGUGGUCGCGGUGCAUGGAUUCGUUUCCCUGGCAUCUCGGUAAGAAACAGUAAUAUUUCAGUAUUUCACAGUGAUAAGUGAUUAUUAGCAUUGGACCCGGUCACUCGGAUUCUGUUCUUUUCAAGAGUUCAUACAUAGGUCAUUUUUUUAAUGUAGGUUUUUAAAGGUUGUUUAUGAAAAUGGUCUUAAAAGUAUUCCUUUUUUAUGAACUUGGCUUUACACAGGCUAAACUGUCAUCAAUCUAGAACGCUGCACUUUGAUGAUAUCUUGGACAUAUCGCCAUGUUACAAUAUUUUCUUCGUGCUUGGAAAGCACGAUUGAUGCCUUCAAGUGAAACUUUGCUCACGGAAUUGGUAUCACACCACGAAAGAUAUCAUAAAAAAUGUGAGCACUAAGCACAGAGUAACAAACUACAUGACAUGCUCUUGGUACCACUGUACCAUCAAUAAGGCAGAACAUUACCACACUAACACUCAGGCCAAGUGCCUACUGCAAAUUAACCCUGGGUUUUGAUCC